GAUCGUUGAUCGUGCUGUUAGGUGGAUAGUUACGUCGUAGUACUAGUAGUUGUUGUAUUUGUUCCAUAGGAGGACCCACAACAAUGUCUACAACAAGUUCACACGAAGGAAUGUCUCCUGUGCCAUCGCCAACAGAUUCUCUACCGAAUGCGACUCAUCCACCAAAAUAUGGCACACUCAUUCCUAAUAGAAUAUUUGUGGGAGGAAUACCAGCUAACACAAAUGAUAUCGAACUAAAGGCAUUUUUUAGUGUACAUGGAGCUGUCCGGGAAGCUAAGAUCAUUGCAGAUCGUGCUGGUGUUUCUAAAGGGUAUGGAUUUGUAACGUUUGAAAGGGAAGAUGAAGUAAAGAAAAUAUUGGAGGAGACAGAAGGCAUGGUGUUCAAAGAAAGAAAAUUAAACAUCGGCCCUGCCAUCCGAAAGCAGCCGUUCUGCUCAAAGGUUUAUUAUUCACCACAGCCAAUGGGCAAUGGUGCAAUCAUGUACGACCCUGCAGUUCCUAGCUACUCUACUGGCCUCACCAUAUACUCCCCAGAUGCCGGCACAGGAUACUCGGGACUGCCCCAACCACAGCAGGCUGCUACCUAUCCAAUAACUCAGCCAAGCAUCUAUUCUCUACCUCAGUCUGCAUAUGCCCAAUAUCAGACACCAGUAAGUCCGCCUCAAGCUUCUUGGAGCCAGUGGCGUUGGGCCACCCCGCAGGGUGGCAGCUAUGUGGCCUUCCCCAACUACAUGCCUCCCGAGGCAGCCAUGAUGUACGUGAAUAGUGCAGCUCAGCAUCAGCAGCAGCAGCAGCAGCUCUACGCAAUGGAGGCAUCAGCUGAGCAAGCGUCUGUGAUGGAGCCGGGCCCGCCUGAGGGCAGUAUGGCGCCUUCCAGUAUUAGCCCCAAGUUUGAGAUGGCUGGGCUGCAACCUGGAAAUGGCCAAGGAUCCCUGCUCAGGAAGCCGAUGCCGCCGUCGCUUAUGGGACCAGCUCAGCAUCAGCAUCGUUUGUCCCAGUCUCUACAGUCGCACGUUCACCGCCCGAUGCCCUAUAGUCCGACCGCGCCGCCGCCGACCGUGUACGCGUACAGCGCCGACCCUCAGACGUUCGCCUGGAUACCCGUUAGCGAGCGGACGGGCAAGCCUCGUCUCGUCGCCAAGACCGUGAACGGCGUCAAAGUUCUCGUUGAGGAGUUGAACACCAGUGGGCAGCACUCGUCGCCGCCGCCGACGCACGCGGGCAACGGCAUGGCGUGAGAGCGUUGAUGCUGUGUGGUGUGAAGGGUCUUCCUCUCUCUCUCCCUCCGAGCCGGAGUGCGCGUCGCACCCCCGGACCCCUGAGAAGUCCCACGUCAUUGGCAUUCCAUGUAAGAAUGAAUAUUUUGAUACGCGUAUUUUUAUGUCGACCUUUUUUUGAUAGCGUGUUGAUGAGAGAGCGUAGUUUGAUGAUACCCGUGUCACUGCGGCUGUGAUGGCUGGGCAUUGGCUUCCUGCAGUCUUUAAGUCUAGCCGAUAAACGUUAGCUGUGUGUGUGUGUGUGUGUGCAUGCGCGCGCGUGUGUGUGUGUGUGCGUGCGCGCGUGUGUGUGUGUGUGCGCGCGUGUGCGUGCGUGCGUGUGUGUAUGUAUGUGCGUGCGUGCGUUUGCAGAUGUUGCCGGCACGCACUUAUGUGUGCUGCACUGCGAUCGUGCGUGCAUGGGUGGACGUUUUUCGGAGCAGAUAUUAAUAAUGGCCGAGGGUUUUGAAUAUGUGUGGUUUUUUUUGGCAGUGCAUGUGUACAGUAUGUUGUCGUGUUUUCUUGUCAUUCAGGUGCACUUGCUGUGAUCAGUAGUAUGUUGAUUUUUUGUACAUUUGGGGAUUUUGUACGGAACUGCUUUGUGUACUCAUGUUUAUCUCACUGUCGUUGAUGUAUUACUACAUUUGUAUUUAAAGACAGAGAAUCUCGUUACCAUUGCUUGUUGUCGUGUUGUAAUAUUUUCUGGUGCAACUCUGCUAUAACAACACUGCAUCACCAUUGGUGACAUUUUUUGAUGAAGAUUUUUUUGUAGGUGAGCCUUUUUACCCCACGAUAUAUAUCAAUGUUGAAUAUGUGCUUGAAUUUAACGUUGUUUUGAUUGCUAUCACCUAGGCUAUACGAGCAAAUGACGUGCUGUCCAGUUUUUGUGUAGGCUAUACCAAGCACUGUUGGAAAUCCACUUCAUACCACCUAAAUUCAUCUAUGAGAACUUUGAUCAGAAAUCAGUGUCAUGUCAUUCAUGAAAAUUUUUGUGGUAAUUUCUCAUUAUUGUCAAAGUUGUAUGUACUUUUUAAUAUAUAAAUGGUAAAAUGAUAACUAUAUACAUAUUAACUAAGUAUACUGGUACUUUAUUAACGUUUUCUCGUCCGUUUUAGCCUGUCCCUUGACGCGUGCGUUUGUUGGCGUAGAGGCUAGGCUGCCUGUUUGCCCGAAACUCUGAGCUUCUAAGCAGUGGCCCUACAGCACGCCUACUGCUAUUUUAGUGGUUUGUACACGUCUACAGUAUUGUAACGCCGUUUUAAAAGCACUGUGCGAGGAGAAUAUCUGUUUACGUUGGAUAGCGUUUGCCGGUGUUGUUGCUAUUGUUGUUUUUGUUGUUGGCCCUGAUGGUCGGCUCACUGUACACACAAGUGAGUGUGUGUGUUUGUGUUGUGCGUGCUGGGAGAUUUGUUGUCAGUGUGCAUGCAUUUAUGGUGCUGUUACCUAUAUGGCGGAGAUAUGUUAGCUACGCAGUUGCUUUAUGUGGUGGUAAUGGUUGUGUAUAUCUAAAUUCUCGUUACGUGGCUCUACAAGCCUCGAGUCUGCAAGCAGCAAGGCAUGGCACGGCGAAUGUAGUUUCCCAUUGCCGCAUAUGUUCUGUUGGAAGUGUCCGAUAUCCUUUAUGGGAGGGACCUGUUAAAAAAAUUUACACUGGAGGCCGGGUGCAAAUUACAAUCUUGUUUUGGAAUCAACACAGUGAGCCGACCACUGGGCCAGCGUGUGCAGAGCACAAUAUUCGUGUGUAGUUCAGGAGUAGUGUAGUUAUAGCGAUAGUUAAGUUAAUUAGUGAGAGGCUGUGCGAGUGCAUUGUGUCUCUCGUGCGCGGGGUAGAGAGUAAGUAGAGAGAGUAACGUCUCUGCAUGCAUCUGUGAUGCAGGUAUCGAUGACAGAACUGUGACGUAUACAGUUUCCCCCGCGCGUGUGCGUGCGUGUCUUGCACUCGUCAUGGUGUGGUUUUUGUGUGUGUGAUUGCAUCCCAGUGAACGAAGAUAUUGGCAGUUGUUUUGGUGUCACCGUGUGUGCCUUAUCUCCCAUCUUGAAGUCAUGUCGCGCGUUGUAUAUUGUAAUGUAUUGAUGCAGGUGGGUAGUAAAGUUAAUUCGUGCACCUGCCAGGCAGGACCCGUUUUUGGAGAUUUUUUCCCCCCAACACUCCACUCCCAUCAUCUAGUAACGCGUUUUCAAGAUGGGGAUGUGUUCGCGGUAUUGUUAUCUGGAUGUGUUGUGGAACUGUGUAUGCAGCUUCAGUGUGUAAUAAUAAGUCGAUGAACACGCAAGGAACCGUGUGUGUGCGUGCGUGCGCAUGUGUGUGCACGUUAAGUACUGCUCAGGUUUGAUGCUUCGUAUCCGUCCUGUAGCUGUAGUAGUUAAGAGCCUCUUUAUUCUAUAAUAUAAUAUUUAAGUUCGAUAGGGAAAUCUCCCCUAAAAGUAAGUACUAUGUAAUCAGAGCGAUCUGUGCUAGUGCCAAAGAUGGUUAUGCGGUUGUCGUUGUCGUCGUCGUCAGCGUCGUUGUUGUAGUCGUUAUGUCGUGUAAACUGCUGGAAUUGUGGGGCCACGUUUGUGACAUCGGUGGUGUGGCGUGGUAUUGAGUGGUGUAAAUGCGUCCUAAAAUUACCUAGCUUGAGAAAGCUUUAAAGCAGUUUAAUGCCGUAUGUGUCUAAAGUUUUGUAUAUAUAACGUAUUUAAAAAAAAAACAAAAAAACGUAAUGAAUAUUGUAUGCAAGAGAUUUUAGAACGUCACCACACUCGUCGCUUUGGUCCUUUUUCCCAUUUUAAAUCAAAAACCGCGCUCGCGCGCGAUGUAAAGGUGACUUUUAAUGUGGCGACGUAGUUAAAUCUCGCUUGAAUGAUCUUGAUUUUAUAUCGCCUUGAGCAUGUUAAUGUGAAGUGAUAUGACCUGUAUUCAUGUGUUUAUUGGGGUUGGAUAUCGCCGGCCAAUGCCGCGGUGGUGCUGUACCACGUAUAUAACUGUGAACGCGUGCGUACCCCCCACUAAACUCGGACGAAACACGGCGUGUGUAUAGCAGAGCAUGGCUGGCAUGUGGUUGUUUUGCCAAAGAAAAUAUUGAUACGAAGUGUAACCCCAGGUGUCAGUUAGAUAGAUCGUGUAUGAUCGAUGCGUUAUACGAAAUAAAGUGAAGCCAUCUAAAUGGGAAA